CGCUGACGACAGUGUUGACAGGGACAUCAUCAAAAACACCACCUACGAAAACGAUGCAAAUAAUAACACCACCACCAGCAACAACAACAACAUCAACAAUAUUAUCAACAACAUGAACAACAACACUGACCUUCCUGAAGUUUUCGGUAGAAAACGAAUUGCUCAUUGUAGUGACAUUGAACCAAAAAAACCAGUGAAGCACAAGCUGAGAAUUGGUGUCAGACCAUCCCCACAACAAAUCAUGCUUGACAGGAUGAAAUAUUUCUACGACAACAGCUGCACCCUACAAAACAACAACAGCAAUAAUAAUAGUAAUAAUAAUAAUAAUGAAGAUAAAUUUAAUAGUAGUAUUAACAAAGUAGGCAAUAAUGAAACCAACAAAUUUAACAAUAAUUUAAAUAGUUUCAAUAGCUCAAAUGGUAAGGAAACGACUUCCAACAAUCAGGGUGCAUCAUCCUCUAUUAAAACAACAUCUGCAACAUCAUCUUCUAUUAAAACAUCAUCUAUUGCAACAUCUGCAACUUCUUCUGUUGCAACAUUAUCAUCAAAUAGUAGCUCCAGAGUAUUAGUAGUGUAUGGAGGAGGCGUGAAUUCUCCAUCACACAACGUCAACAACUUCGCUUUCCACAAGACAAAUAACAAUUGCAUCAAAGCAACAACCACAACAACAGCAGCAACAACAACAGCAUCACCUCAUCAAAAAAUAGAAACGUCAGCGUAUUCAGUGGAGCGAUCGAAUGCAGCAGUCAACAAAGGAGGCCCUGUUUCGUUGAAGGGCUCCAUUCGAAUUGCUCAUAAGCCAACUACUCAGGUAGCCAGCCUCCGACCACCGCCCAAUGCAGUUGUGACCAAACAGGCUCUGCCCUACGAUCUGAGGCAGAGUGUACUCAACAGUUUCAUCGACUACUGCCUGAAGAUCUACGAUAAUGAGACUGAUGCUUUUCAAAGGGCUCUAUCGGAAGAGGAGAAGUUAGCUCGAUCGAGCUCCAGCAGGCAGAUAUACAAAUCACAUGCUGUCUCGCAGAGAGUUAAUCUUUCCAGAGAGUCAUCAUCUUCUACAGAAUGUCCUCAGUUAUCACCAAGCACUCCUUCCUUUAAAUCCCUCAGUCACGAUUAUGUGUUGGGAGGCAGGUUGGCACAGGAAACUAGCUACUCCAUAAACAGGUCCAACAAGAGUCAUACAACGCCAAUUGUUGUCUCACCUUGUGAGUUGUACAAACACUUGCAACCUUACAUCCUGACUCGUGAACAGUUGCUAUCAAAUGGCUUCCCAGUUCGAGACGUAGCAGGAAAGAACAUUUUAAUUGUUCCUAGUGAAAGAACUCUUGUCAAAAAACCAUCAUUAAACUCCAAGGAAAAGAUAUGUUGUCGGUGUGGUAAGGGAUUCAUUGUUUUGAGCAAUGGCAAUUAUCUAACAAACGAAAACUGCUUCUACCAUUGGGGACACUCAUACAAAAAAAGAGUUGCUGGCAUGUUGGAUCAUCAAUACAUGUGCUGUCAGAGUGACAUCUCGGCCAAAGGAUGUGAAGUAGCAGAGUGCCAUGUACAUGAAGAAAAUAAACUUACUGAUCUGGCCGGCUAUGUUGAAACGACAACCUGCAAGCCAAGAAAAAAUGAUGAUUAUGGAGUUUUCGCUCUCGAUUGUGAAAUGGUGUACACAACAGUUGGAUGUGAGUUGGCUCGGGUAACCGUUGUCAACCAAGACUUGAAAGCUGUCAUAGAUGAUUUGGUCAAGCCAGAUAACAAAGUUGUUGACUAUAAUUCAAGAUUCAGCGGUAUAGAUGAAAGAGAUUUGGAAAAGGUCACUACAUCAUUAAGCGAUUUGCAAAAGAAACUGCUAUCUCUGUUCAACGAUAGGACAAUACUUAUAGGGCACAGUCUGGAUAAUGACAUGAUUGCCCUUAAAUUAAUUCAUGGCAAGAUUGUGGACACGUCUGUUGUCUUCCCACACAAAUCUGGACCUCCUUAUAAAAGAGCUCUUCGGAAUUUAUCAACAGAAAUACUAAAAAAGAUUAUUCAAGAUGGCGUGAAUGGACACAAUAGCAAAGAAGAUGCAGACACAUGUAUGGAACUCAUACUCCACAAAGUUAAAGAAGACAUUAAGAAGGCUUCUCGAUUUUGUUAAUUACUUAAAUUAUAGUCUUUGGUCAUUUUUUUUGUUCUUUAACAAUAUCAUCAUUUCUUUGAUUUAUUGUUUUUAUUUAGCAUGCAUUUUAUACUUUAUGACGGACAAAUUCUAUUUAUAUUAUUCCCAUGUCUGGUAAUAACAAAAUAUUCACAAAUUAUGUACUAUAUCUGUUAUAUCUUUUUCGGUGAUAACAUAUUAACAAAAAUUUAUGGAAUCUAAUAAGCGUUUCAUUUCCUACCAAUGACUUAGAGUUUGGUCGCAAAUUUAGACCCAAUUUUUAAUUUUUUUUUGAAUAUCUAAUAUUGCAGUACAAAGUUUCCUGCAUGAACGU